AACAAGACGUGUUAAGUGUAGAGCUAAAUAAAUUAAAAAAAAGCGACUUAAUCGAAAUUAUAGUUUUUAAAAAGUUACCUGAUCAUGUUAGUGAUAACGCAGUGCUAAAGAAUUGUGUGAAAAAUUUUAAAAUAAGACAACCAGAAGUAGAAGAUAAAGACAAUUUCUACGAGUCAUUGAACAAUAUGGAGGAAAACUGUAAAAUUGAUCGAUGCCGAUUUGUUCAAUUAAAAAGUAAACAAUUGGAACGAGAAACUUGUUUAUUAAAUGAUUUAAAUGAUCAAAUGAAAAAAAGGCUCUGUGAUCAGGAAGAAAUUAUAUUUCUUCUAAAAGCAAAUUUGGCAAAUAAGUCAAAACAAGACAAAAAUCCAGUCGAGGAAGAAUAUUCCAGUAAAACAGAUCACCCUAUACGAAAUCAAAAUAUUUCAACAAAUAAUAAAAAUGCUAAUAUUUCAAAAACACCGGAACUAAAUCCAUUUAACAUUUUGAACAAAAAAGUGGUCCAAAUAGAUAACACACCGAUAGCGAAAUCAACAAAUGAAGAAAAACAUAAAAGUAAAACCGACGAAGACGGUUUUACGACAGUAAAUAGACGAAACAGAUGGUCUUCAAAAUCUGUUCUUGUUAAAGGUUCCUCGUGUCAAAGUUCCUGCAAAAUUCAAGGAGCCGAUUCCGAUGUGGAAUGGUUACAUGUUAGUAAAGUGAAGGGUCAUGUGGAAAAUGGAAUAAUAUCUAAACCUGAAUUUUUUACAAGACUUUUACAAAUUAUACAUGCUUUGUCAGAUCACAGCAGAAGUCUAUUACAUUAUGUUGAUAGUAAUAUUGUGGAACGAUUUCAUGCGACAGUCGCGAAGUUUGUAGGUGGCAAAUCAAUUAUUCCAGAGGGCGCUCUUACCAAAGUAGAUGUUUUGCAGCAGUUUUAUCAUAUAAUUCGAAAUCGGGAAUUCAGAUUAAAAAAAAACUUUAAACCGUACUAA